GACGGUUUCCAGGGUUUCAAGCCACGGAUAGACGGCUGCAAUAAUCUACAUAGUCAUCUCAACACCUGAGCAGGUCUCUUGUGUACUCCUACAUCAUAGCUUCUUUCGACUGCAUGCGUUUUGCGACACAGCUUGGUACAGAUUAGAAUCGGAUAGCAUAGAUACACGCCCAUCGAGGACCCAAUGGCACCAGCAACAUUAGAAAGCGCCUUUUCGAAGGACUCAACCUCUACCGCGGUCAUCGUACCUUCAAAGCCUGCUGUUACCGUCUCCUAUCAGAAGCUUUCUGCUGAUGUGAAGGCUUUCCAGCAGCAGCUUGCGAAACACGGCGUCAGCGCUGGAGCGGCAGUCUCCAUUGCACUUCCUAAUACGUACGAAUUCAUCGUAUCCUUCAUCGCUGCGGCAUGGCAGCGAGCCAUUGCAGCUCCACUCAACCCUGCUUAUAAGCAGUCAGAGUUCGAGUUCUAUAUCGAUGAUCUUAGCUCAGCAAUUGCGCUCGUGCCCCGAGGCGCAUUCGGCAAGGACGCAGCAGCCGUUCGCGCUGCCCGGAAAUACAAUGCGGCUAUCGCAGAGGUGUAUUAUAAUGGGAGCGAGGUGGUUUUGGACAUCAAGGAGGCCGGGAAGCUUGCAGGAAAGACUGAGGCGGUACUGACCGCUCAACCUGAAGAUGUCGCAUUGGUCUUGCACACCAGCGGUACCACAGGUCGUCCCAAGGCCGUCCCAUUGACGCACCGCAAUCUGCUACGCACCAUGAAAAACAUCCAGGCGACCUAUGAGUUGACCGCGAAGGACCGUACGUAUCUGGUCAUGCCGCUCUUCCACGUCCAUGGUCUUCUGGCAGGCUUCCUUGCCCCUCUUGCGUCUGGUGGAUCAGUCGUUGUACCUCUGAAGUUCUCCGCUUCUGAGUUCUGGGUUGACUUUGUUGAGCACAAGGCCAAUUGGUAUACUGCUGUGCCUACCAUCCACCAGAUCUUGCUCAGGAACCCGCUACCAAGCCCUGUACCGCAGAUCCGCUUCAUUCGGUCCUGCUCGUCGCCCCUCUCUCCCAAGACGUUCCAUGAGCUUGAAAAGGCGCUUAAUGCUCCUGUGCUAGAGGCCUAUGCUAUGACUGAAGCAGCCCAUCAGAUGACGAGCAACCCUCUGCCGCCUGGCAAGCGCCAGCCUGGGAGCGUAGGCAUUGGUCAGGGAGUCGAGAUCAAGAUCUUGGACGAUUCUGGCAACGAAGUUGCCCAAGGCAAGGAGGGCGAGAUCUGCAUCAAGGGCGAGAACGUGACAAAGGGUUACCUUAACAACCCAGCAGCGAAUGAGACCUCAUUCCAUAAGAAUGGGUUCUUCCGCACGGGCGACCAGGGCAAGAAGGAUCCCGAUGGUUAUGUCAUCAUCACCGGGCGUAUCAAGGAGCUCAUCAAUAAGGGCGGAGAGAAAAUCAGCCCGAUCGAGCUGGACAAUGUUAUUGCCCAGCACCCAGCCGUGUCUGAAGCCGUCAGUUUCGCUGUGGAAGACGAAAUCUAUGGCCAAGAUGUAGGGCUUUCGGUGGUGGUGAAGGCUGGCCAGAAGCUGAACGCGGACGAGCUUAGGGGCUGGCUAACAGAGCGAGUUGCGAAGUUCAAGCUCCCCAAAAAGAUUUUCUUCACCGACAUCAUGCCGAAGACAGCUACGGGCAAGAUCCAGCGCCGGCUGGUCGCCGAGGCGAUGCUCAAGAAAGAGCAGCCCAACGCCAAAUUAUAGACUAUAGACUAUAGAAAUCUAGAGAGGGCUGGGUGAGAACUAGUGGGAAAGGGCUGUGGGAUGAGAUAUUUUGUCAUAUAUUAUACGAAAGAGGAAGUGCAUUGUGCAGUGCGUUGUGCGUUGUGCGGCACGGGUCUUGAGUAAUCCGACGCGCCUUGUAAUUAAGGGAGAAGGGGAGGAGAGAUGAAAGGAUGGGCCAGAUAAAAAUACGCAAUAAUUGCUCCGUAAUUAUGAUGAAAUGUGGUGAGCAGUAGUGGUAGAGUGUGGUAUCAUUAUGUACACAGUAGUAGCAAUACCUACCAGGUGCCAGGCC